AUGUCGCUACGACUCCCCCCCGUCUUCACGGCGCUUCAACUCCCCCUCCUCCUCCUAACUAACGUCUUCGCUCUGGCCAUCGGCCCCCGUCAGCGCCUUCUACAGCUCGGCUUGACUCUGCCCGUCCUGCUCCUCCUGGCUGCGCAGUCGCGGUACAGAGACUACGCGGGCCCCUGGGGGGUUCACUAUGGUGUUAAUUGCGGCGUGGCGAGUCUGAUAGCUACCUAUGUUGAUUGGGUCGUCCUUGCUGCUCCGGAUCGGGAGGGGUGGGUUAAGUUGGGGCGGAGGGAUGGCGGUGGGGAGCGAGGGAGCGGUGGGGGUGUGGAGAGCAACGGCAUUGUGAAGAGCAGUGGUGUAGAGAGGGAGAAACGAGCUGCACCGACGGCGUUCCGCGAAAGGCUAUGGUGGGCGGUGCGGCUGGGGGUUACGAACCGCUACACAGGGUGGUCGUGCGAGGUCAAGAAUGUGCCUGUUGAAGUCGACGACGAGUAUCCGCGGUGGCGCUUUCUGAUCCGCAAGUCCCUUCGUGCAGUGGUGUUCUACCUCGCCAAAGACGCUCUCUACGCCUACACUGCCUCCUCACCCCAUGGCAGCUGGGUCGACAUUGUCGCUAUAAAACCUCAGCAUAGCUACGCUUCUUACCCCUUCUGGCACCGCUUCUGGUUCUCCUGGAUGCAGAUCGUACUCACAUAUGUGUCGCUGGAGCUCUACAACACCGUGGUCGGGAUCGUGAGUGUGGCCGCCGGACUAGCACGGCCGAGCGAGUGUCCGAGUUCGUUUGGGGAUUUGAAAGGGCUGUGGAGCGUUAGGAGAGCGUGGUCUGUCGUUUGGCACCAGCAAUGCCGCAGGGUCUGCUCCGGCCCCGCUGUCUUUGUCGUCAGAGACGUGCUGCACCUCCGCAAAGGCUCUUUUGCGUCAAAGUAUCUGCAGCUGUUCAUUGGGUUCGGUAUCUCGGGUCUCGUGCAUGGCGGGGCGUCGAUGCUUUACCAUGGCUCGUUUGAGGAUGACAGGGCGAUUAAGGUUUUUCUUGCCCAAGCAGUCAUCAUCUUCUUUGAGGAUCAUCUCUUCGAAUUUGGAAAACGCUUAGGUUUCAAAGAUUCUUUGUUCUGGCGCUUGGUGGGUUUGGUCUGGACAAUUCUUGCUGUUGGUGCGAGUAUGGAGAGUUGGACGGGGUCGUUAUUGAAGUACGGUCUGUGGGUGCAUGAGCGAGAGCAGGACUGGUUUGGCAUUGGACCAAAGAUAUCAGCGUAG